GUAUAAAUAGGACAACACAUUAGGACUAAUGGGAAACAGAUGACAAGGUGGGAAACAGAACAACAGGAGGGACAUGACACAACACGUGGGUAAACACAUAACCUCAUAACCUCAUUACGUAUAAACAAGCUGUAGCAAAACACUUGUUAGCACCCUCUCUGGUGGUCUGCCAGGGAAAUGUCCCAGUAGUUCCUGACAACCCCAUACUGUGUACACACUGUGCAGAGGUUCAACUCAAAUCUCUGAAUACUGAAAAAACCUGGUGCAUUUCCCAUCAUGUACCAAUAUACAGUACAAUGCCAUCUAGAUGAUCUUCAUUGAAGCCACAUCACCUAGAUGAGGAUCAUUCCUUUACAUUUCUGCAUGUGUAUUGCAUAUUAAGGACUAUUUUAGCAUAUGGCCAAAUCAACCAAUCAGCAAGAUCUGAUUUUUGUGCUCUCAUUAAUUCACUGUGCCCUUUUUAGUUGUUUUUUAUUUUACCUAACCGUAUAUUAUAGUUCCAGGUUGCUUUAAGUGUUUCUCCAUUACAUUAAUGAUUUCAUUAUUUGUAUUAUAUUGGCCAUAAAUCAUAUUCUGUGGUGUUUUGUGUGUCUGUACAAUGACAUAAAUAUGUUUAUUAGGCUGAACUAAAUACCAAAAUAAAUGCACAAGAUUAGGGGAGGAAGUGAAUAUUUAUUUUUUAUCAAUAUAGGUUUUAAAGACAGCUGACCCAGAUCUAUAUCUAUAUCUCUCUAGAGGUUCAAGUACUCAGACUCAGGCGUAACGUCAACAGCAACAACAUCUUGCAACUCAACACAAACACUGCAUCUGUGCUUAUUGAUCUCACUGGACUUUCAACAUCUAAAGCUGCAUCCUUCAUGAGCUACACCAACAUGUCAGACAUCCUUCAACAGAGCUUUUUCAACACACUGAACAGAGCAACUACAACCACAGUGAUAUCCAAUGUGGUGUCAGCAAUACUUCAACAAACCACCAACACAUACCUCACCAAGCCAGUCAUCUUCACCCUCGAACACAUCAUGGAUUUAGACCCUCAGGCCAUCCUUUCUUGUAUGAACUGGAAGACAAACACAUGGGAUAUGUGUUCGAUCAUACAAACGAACAACACUCACACCGUGUGCUCGUGUCAAAGUGUGACGACUUUAGCUGUCAUCAGUCAGACUGACCCAUGCAAGUCUAAUUUGACAGUACAGUGUGCAAUGGAGUUCCUGCAGCAAAUUAAGUAUAACAUUCCUCAAGACUUAUCACAGGAGGUGAGACGAGUUUGGUGCAGUAAGUUUCAUAUUGUAAACAAAAAUGUAUUUAUGGACAGUGUGCUCAUCUUAUGCAUCUCAUGCACAUGAGAGUCUUUCUGUUUGUCUGCUAGAAUGUACAAAAGUAUUUGACCAUAAUAAUGAAUCUUACUUCUAAUGAGAUGAAAACCAACAAUUCCUACGGGAAUAUUUUAAUGGACGUUACUCAGAAAUUGGCGUCAGCCUUGGUGAAAAAAAACAAAACCAUCAGCAUCUCUCUCCAC